AUGGCAAAGAAAAACCCCAAAAACACUAGAGCCUCGAGAAGAGCACCGAGUCCAGAGGCUGAGGAGAUUGUUGAUAAAGAGCGAACCAGUGGCCGGACGAUGGUGUUGGAAAAGCUUGCAGAAAUGAGUGCCCGUCAAAACGAUGAAGUGGAAGUACCACGACCAAAACAGGGUGGCGUCUCCAAGAAGCGGGGCCAGAAGAAGAAGAGCCUUCAAAAGGCCGCCAAGGCUGAAAUGAUAAAGGACAUUCUUAAUGAGAAGAUUGAGCAGUCAAAAGCCCGUCACAAAGCAAUUAGGACUUACCGAAAAGAAGAGGAUCAACCAAAAGCAGAUGAGCAGUGA